CGGCCUGGGCCCAGCAUGCCCUGCCCCGGCGCUGCCCCUCCCGGCGCCCUGGCCCUCUUGGCGCUGCUGGCCCACCUCUCCUUGCCCUCGCAGGCCGCGCAACGCCGACCCCCCGCUCCCGCCGCCAACCCGGCCGCCGCCCCGGGAAGGACCCUCGUGCUCCUCGACGUCGGGCCCCGCAGCCCGCGCCGAAUCACCAGCGAGCGCUUCCUCUCGCUCCAGAUCGACCCCGCCGUCCUGCACGACGGCUGGCUCGACUUCCUCAGCUCCCGCCGCCUGGUGACCUUGGCCCGGGGCCUGGCGCCCGCCUUCCUCCGCUUCGCCGGCAAGAGGACCGACUUCCUGCAGUUCCAGAACGUGAAGAACCCGGCCAAGAGCCGCGGCGGGCCCGGGCCCGACUACUACCUCAAGAACUACGAGGACGAUAUUAUUCGCAGUGAUAUUGCCUUGGAUAAGCAGAAAGGCUGCAAGAUCGCACAGCAUCCAGAUAUCAUGUUGGAGCUUCAGAGAGAAAAGGCAGCUCAGAUGCACCUGGUUCUCCUUAAGGAGCAGUUUUCCAAUACAUAUACCAAUCUCACACUAACAGCCAGGUCUCUAGACAAACUCUACAAUUUUGCUGAUUGCUCUGGCCUUCACCUCAUCUUUGCAUUGAAUGCUUUGCGCCGGAACCCCAACAAUUCCUGGAACAGCUCCAAUGCCCUCAGCCUGCUCAAAUAUAGUGCCAGCAAGAAGUACAAUAUAUCUUGGGAACUUGGCAAUGAACCCAAUAACUACCGAGCUCUGACAGGGCGAGCAGUGAAUGGCACUCAGUUGGGCAAGGACUAUAUGCAGCUAAAGAGCCUGCUACAGCAGAUCCGUAUCUACUCCCGAGCCAGUCUCUAUGGGCCGAAUAUUGGGAGACCUAGGAAGAAUGUUGUGUCCCUUCUUGAUGGGUUCAUGAAGGUGGCAGGGAACACAGUGGAUGCUGUUACCUGGCAACAUUACUACCUUGAUGGCCGAGUGGCCAAGGUGACGGACUUCCUGAAAACGCGCCUGUUAGACACACUCUCUGACCAGAUCAGGAAAAUCCAGAAAGCUGUCAAUGCACACGUGCCUGGAAAAAAAAUUUGGCUGGAGGGCAUUGGAGCCACCUCUGAAGGAAGCAUCACCAACCUUUCGGAUUCCUACGCUGCCAGUUUUCUGUGGCUGAACGCUCUUGGGAUGCUGGCCAGUCAGGGAAUUGAUGUGAUAAUGCGGCAUUCAUUUUUUGACCAUGGGCACAGCCAUCUUGUGGACCAGGACUUCAACCCCCUACCGGAUUACUGGCUAUCCCUGCUCUACAAGCGGCUUGUUGGGCCUAGAGUACUUGCUGUGCAUGUGGCUGGCCUGCAGAGGAAGCCUCGCCCUGGCAGAGUGAUUCGUGAUAAGUUACGCAUCUAUGCUCACUGCACCAGCCACCACAACCACAGUUAUGUCCGUGGUUCCAUCACACUUUAUAUCAUCAACCUUCAUCGGUCCCGGAAGAAAAUCAAAUUAGUGGGAACCCUUCGGGAUAAACUCAUCCAUCAGUAUGUGCUACAGCCCUAUGGUCAGGAAGGACUACAUUCUAGAUCAGUGCAGCUCAAUGGGCAGCUGCUCACCAUGGAGGAUGAUGGGACCCUGCCUGACUUGAAGCCACGUUCUCUUCGUCCUGGACGGACUCUGGUGAUUCCACCACUCACAAUGAGCUUCUACGUGGUGAAGAAUGUCAAUGCUCUUGCCUGCCGAUAUCGGUAGCUUCAUCCAUCCCACUGCCAAGAACGGUUGGGGCUUAUCUUGGCAAGUGGCAUUUCUUGGUAGGCUCAGCAGACAUCACAGAAAAUUUAGGGUGAAAAGACCUCUGAGAAACUUCAGAGGAGGGUCAAACUGAAAGCACAACCAGCCAUUUCAGAAAUGGAAUGCUUCAUCUAUGCAGAUGGCAAUGUCAGCACCUGUAAUUGCUACUCCAUGGUGGACAUAGGAAAGAAGAGAAGUGUUUUCCUGCUACCUCAGCUGGGUCAAGGCCAAAUUCUUAUUUUUCCCUUUAUGGAAAGAACAUUAUACAAGAGCUAGCAGGAAUUGACUUGCAAGCUGUCCUGCUAAAGAGCUGAGUAUUGAGAAGCUAGUGCAGAAGAUGAGUGGGGAAACCUGAACUUCUGCAAAGUGACAUUUCCAUGGAAAGCUGCCUAUGCUGCCCUCUUCUUGACAGCCUGGGAACCAUCUUAAACUAUGAAUUAAUCUUAAACAUUGAGACAUAUCAAUAAACUGAGGAUUUUGUGCCACCUGGUGGGCAGGAGAAAUUGCUGUAAAAGAGUGAGAACCUCUGCUAUAUUUGCUAAGCAUAUGCACAGGCACUGUGUCCAUCAUUCUAGCAGCUGCCCAAAGGAUAUCAGCAAGGAAAGCUUUAUAAUCUAGGCCUUUGAGCUUUAUUCCUGUGGAUGUUUCUCCCCCUGCUGGCAACUAUCACAAGAGCAAGUUAUACACAGCUGGCAAUAGAGAAAGCUAUGCAUUUGUUUGAUAUGAGAUGGAGAUCCAAAGAGUAUGCAAAUAGACGCAGUUCUGCAAGGCAUGUACUAACACAGGAGCCAAAACAGCCUCUUAUAAAAGAGAGUUAAUUGUGCUGCAGAAGAAAGCUAAUGCAGCAUAUGUCAGUUUGGAUGAGAACUUCUGGGUGCCUGCAGCAUUGCGAAUUGGAAGAGGAGAGGUUUGGUCUUGGCUACUGUCAAUAAUGCUGCCACCUGGGAGCAUUUGCUGCAAAUCUUAAUUAUUAAAUUAUAUUUUCUGAAGAACUGAAAA